AUGUCCAACAGCAGCUCCCUCACCCAGUUCCUCCUCCUGGCAUUCGCAGACAGGCGGGAGCUGCAGCUCCUGCACUUCUGGCUCUUCCUGGCCAUCUCCCUGGCUGCCCUCCUGUCCAACAACCUCAUCCUCAGUGCUGUAGCCUGUGACCACCACCUGCACACCCCCAGGUACUUCUUCCUGCUCAACCUCUCCCUCACAGACCUGGGCUGCAUCUGCACCACUGUCCCCAAAGCCAUGCACAAUUCUCUCUGGGACACCACAACCAUCUCCUACAUGGGAUGUGCUGCACAGCUCUUUUUCCUUGCCUUUUUCAUUUCAACAGAGUUUUAUCUCCUCACUGUCAUGUGCUACGACCGCUAUGUUGCCAUCUGCAAACCCCUGCACUACGGGACCCUCCUGGGCAGCAGAGCUUGUGCCCACAUGGCAGCAGCUGCCUGGGCCACUGGCUUUCUCAUUGCUCUGUUGCACACAGCCAAUAUAUUUUCCCUGCCUCUGUGCCAGGGCAAUGCCCUGGGCCAGUUCUUCUGUGAAAUCCCACACAUCCUCAAGCUCUCCUGCUCACACUCAGGCUACCGCAGGGAAAUUGGACUUCUUAUGUUUAGUGCCUGUUUAGGGUUUGGUUGUUUCAUUUUCAUAGUUUUCUCCUAUGUGCAGAUCUUCAGGGCUGUGCUGAGGAUCCCCUCUCAGCAGGGACGGCACAAAGCCUUUUCCACGUGCCUCCCUCACCUGGCUGUGGUCUCCCUGUUUAUCAGCACUGGCAUGUUUACUUACCUGAAGCCCCCCUCCAUCUCCUCCCCAUCCUUUGAUCUGGUGGUGUCAGUUCUGUACUCGGUGGUGCCUCCAUCACUGAACCCCCUCAUCUACAGCCUCAGGAACCAGGAGGUCAAGGAUGCCCUGAGGAAACUGAUAACUGGGUGUUUUUCAGAAGCAACAAACUCUCCUUCUUCUGCAUGUGUUGUACCUCAUUAAAGGUCAAUCCUGUUAUGGACUUCAUUAAAGGCCCAACAUAUCUGAGACGGUUUGAACGAUAACGGACAAUCCAGUUUGUGGGUACAAAGCUGAAUACUUUAUUUGACAUAACUUUAGCUAUAUAGAGGGUUUUGGGAAAGCAGGGCAAUCAUUCCAUUGAUGGCUGGGGUUAAAGGUCUAGGAAGAUAUUUUUCUUUAAACAGAUAAACAGAUAUUUCUUUCCAUUUUGGGUAUAUAAAAGCUGUACAUUACCUUGAAAAAAGGGCCUUCUUGCUACAGAAUUUUCACUUGUAAUAUUAGAAGUAAAGCUGCACUUAAAUCACAAACACAAUGCAGA